CCCUCCCGCGCGCCCGCCCUACAAGCGCCCGGAGGGGCCUCGCCGGGCCUGAAAGACCUGGCGGAUUGCGUCCGAGCUCCGGUGCGCGGGCGUUGUGGCCCUGGCGGGGGAGGGCGGUUGCUCUAGGUACCGGGCCCCGGCCUGCCCCACCCCAGUUCCCUCAGCACACGAAAACUGGGAGGCUUAGGCCCGGCGGCAAGGGUAGGGCAAACUAGCCUCCUCCUCGUCCGCCCCUCGAAACUUCUGAGGUCUUCCCAGGAGAAGGAUUGAAAUGGCGAUGCAUGCUACAGUUUGGACGACUCUUGAAAACACUAUGCAAAGGGAAAGAAGCCAGUCACAAAAGGAGCACCCGGUCUGAGAUGGGGUCCCAGGUCUCCGUGGACGUGGGAGCUGUGAACGUGGUGGUCGUGGGUGGGGGCUUCGGUGGGAUCGCCGCCGCCAGCCAGCUGCAGGCUCUGAACAUCCCCUUCGUGCUGGUGGACAUGAAGGACUCCUUCCACCACAACGUGGCAGCCCUCCGGGCCUCCGUGGAAAGCGGGUUUGCCAAAAAGACAUUCAUUUCCUACUCGGAGACCUUUAAGGAAAACUUCCGGCAGGGGCUCGUAGUAGAGGUAGACCUGCAGAAUCAGACGGUGCUGCUCGAGGAUGGCGAGGCCCUGCACUUCUCACAUCUUAUCCUGGCCACUGGCAGCACCGCGCUCUUUCCGGGCAAGUUUAACCGGGUGGCCAGCCGGGAGGUUGCUAUCCAGGCCUACGAGGACAUGGUGAAGCAGGUCCGGCGCUCACGGUCCGUGGUGGUGGUGGGAGGCGGCUCUGCCGGCGUGGAGAUGGCGGCAGAGAUUAAAACUGAAUUCCCCGAGAAAGAGGUCACUCUCAUCCACUCCCACGUGGCCCUUGCCGACAAGGAGCUCCUGCCCUGUGUCCGGCAGGAAGCGAAGGAGAUCCUGCUCCAGAAAGGCGUGCGGCUGCUGCUGAGUGAACGGGUGAGCAGCCUGGAGGAGCUGCCCCUCAACGAGUAUCGAGAGUGCAUCCAGGUGCACACGGACAAAGGCACAGAGGUUGCCACUAACCUGGUGAUUGUCUGCAAUGGUAUUAGGAUCAACAGCGCCGCCUACCGCAGUGCGUUCGCACCCUUCCUGGACAAGGAGCUCCUGUUUGGGUCCUACAGGAAAGAAUUGGCCGAUCACAGAAGAAGGAAGCUAGUCCCGGCCAUGAGUAGGGAAAGUCAUCUGGCCAGCGAUGGCGCUCUGCGAGUGAACGAGUAUCUCCAGGUGGAGGGCUGCAGCCACGUCUAUGCCAUCGGCGACUGCGCAGAUGUGAGGGAGCCCAAGAUGGCCUACCACGCCGGCCUCCACGCCAACGUUGCCGUGGCCAACAUCGUCAACGCCAGGAAACAGAGGCCCCUCAAGGCCUACAAGCCAGGCGCGCUGACGUUCCUCCUGGCCAUGGGGAGAAAUGACGGCGUGGGCCAGAUCAGCGGCUUCUAUGUGGGGCGGCUCAUGGUUCGGCUGGCCAAGAGCCGGGACCUGUUCGUCUCCUCGAGCUGGAAGACCAUGCGGCAGUCUCCACCCUGAGCGGGAGCUGGGCCGCUGCCAGGUGAACGGAUUGCUUGACCAGAGGUACCCACCUGACAAAGGCCAAAGAGCAAAAGAUCAUUUCCUAGAGUAAGGUGCCAGUGAUGGACUGACCAGAAACCCACCUUACAGAAAACCAAAACCGGGAGAGAAAGAGAGAGCCGGAGAGGGAGAGAGAGAGGCAUUAGAAAAGACACCCCCUAGAGGAUGCUUUCUGGGGUUGGAGAGGUCAGCUUGCAGUUGUGCUGGCUGAGGGGUUCACCUGGUCCUGGGGAGGGCAUAGCCAGCCUUCUCUACCCCGGGCUCUUUGUGUGUGUGUGUGUGUGUGUGUGUGUGUGUGUGUGUGUGUGUGAAUGCACGUGUUGGCAUUCAGGACUCUCAGAGCAAGAGAGAGCAGGCUCUCCUGGUGGCUGAAAUCCUGUCUUAUUAGGGCAGGCAGGGGAACCUGCAUGGUGGGACCAUCUAAGGAGUGAGAUUUGGGGUCGAGAUGGUCUGCACCCCGAGCCUCUCCCAUCAGAUCAUGGGUGGGGAAGCCUGUGCAUUCUUCGACACCCAGGUUGUUAAUAGGAGCCUAAUUUUAAACUGUGAGUCCCUGUAAUCUUUAAUCUUCAUAAAACUUUAUAUAUUUCCAUUUCUAGGUCCCGAUGAUAUACCAUAGGUUACAUUUAAGAAGAAAGAGUUAGAUAAAUUACCCUCCUGGUUAGCCUAUCCUAACAGAGAGUGAGUUUUUCCAAAGCUAACAGGUUAAGACGGAAGCCUGGCCCGCCAGCCACUGGACAUGUUAAGGAAAGGCAGCCGAGCUAACGGGACCCUUGGGUGGGUUGCCAUUGGGCUGACGUUCAGGGAGCAGAGGGGGGCUCAACAUGCUUCUAGGCUGCCGUCACGGUCAGUUGUGCAAGGGACAAAACUCCGGCUGAUGCUGGGGGUGGGGGACCCUGUGGGAACCUCUGGGGUUUUGUGCUUCUGGUUUCCUGGCCAACCCCAGUGACAUUUACAUGGGGGCCCAGCCGUGUGGCAAUGCCUGCCAUCGACCGUGUUAAGGCACAUAAAGGACUCCUCUGUCUGGGAGAAGACUUCCAGUUGGCGGGAGGGAGUUUAUUUUGGAAGACGUGGGUUAAAUCUCCAUAAUGGAAGUGGUUGGUGAUCUCACUGGAAUAAGUUCAGGCCCGGCUCACUCUUGAUGGUGGCCUCUGGGUACUUGGCCAGAGUCCUUGGGACACCAGCCUCACCAGGGUUCUGAGUGCUCCCUGUCUGGGCUGUGGCCUGGGUCGGUUCCAUUUGUUACCCAGGCCUACCUAAGUGACAUGCGUGCCUCUCUCCCAAAGGAUGACUACCCCACCGGAGGCUUCACCCAGGGCUCCGUUCCUGUGGGCCACGGCCAACCAGGCUCCCCUUCUGGAAGCAGGACCUGCUGCCUGAGAGACACAGGCUAUUCUGUGCUGUCUGACCUGGGGACUAGCAGGGUGGGAGUCUUGGCUCAUUAGUGACAGGCCUUGUUCUAUUUAUACCAUUUGACAAGUGUCCCCCCAUGGGGACAUGGUUUUUCCAAACUGAGGAAAAUAUUGCAAUAAAAGAAUAUGUUGUAAGAAAGACA